AUGGACAAACUGAACCACCUGGUGGCGUAUACCUGGGACGAGUCAAGGCAAUUUCGCUCAAGCUAUGGCGUGUGGCACGUGUUUGGUACCAAGCACCUCGACCGUACCAUUAGUUCCGACCAUGCUCACACCGCUCGCUUCCGAAGUGCCUCCUCUCCCAGCGAUCUGAGUGGUACAUCUGCCCAAUAUGGUUCAGGGAGGGACGGCCAUGUCGGGGACCAGGGUAGAGAGUCAGAGCGAACGAUUGAAGUGGUGGCGCGCCUUGGUGAGAAUCUGGCCCAGGGAGAAAGAAUGCAAGAGGAGUAUCAGAUGCUGGCAUCCGUCGCCGCUCCUCAUCGCAAGUAUUUUCUGCGGCCCGUGGAGAUGCAGCGCUUACCCAAUCUCGAUGAUGACCACACGCCAUCGCUCCUGGUCUGCAUUUACGAAAGUCCCGGCCCCAAUGAUCUUCUGCGCUACGUCGAUUGCGGCGCGACCUGGUAUCAGAUGCGCCCUGAGGAAGAUGUGAGUCUCAACGAGGCCGAUGAUGUGGGCCUUCCCCGAUCGGAUCAGGAUGGGCUCAUGCCGUUGGCAACAUUUGUCAAUUUCGCCAUAGGCGCGGCGGAGUGUAUCCAAAUGCUGCAUAGCCAGCAGAUUGUCCAUGGGCAGAUCCGAGCAGAGGCAUUCCACUUCAAUCAAGAGACCGGCCAUGUGCGCUUGAUCCAUCUCGGUGUGGGUCUCCAGUCCUACGAUACCGGGCGGGUGAGCGCGAAUUGGUCAGCCCUGGAGAACCAGAAUGAUGCCACGGCGCACAUCUCAUAUUUGAGUCCCGAACAAACUGGGCGAGCGCCGAUCCAAGCUGACAAUCGCGCCGAUAUCUACUCCCUCGGUGUUAUGCUUUGGAACGCUCUCGUCCGCGAGACCCCGUUUGGGGGCAAGACUCCCAUGGGAAUCAUCAAGGAGGUGCUUGGACAGGAGCUGCCGUCAGUAUCGACCUUGCGCCCCGACGUGCCAGAGGUCUUUGCACGGAUCAUCGCCAAGGCGACGGCAAAAAAUGUCUCCGGGCGAUACAACUCUGCCCGCGGUCUGCGACAUGACCUCGUGGAGGUACAGCAGUUGCUGGCAGCAGGAGACGCGGCAGUUCUGGAAAGCUGGGAAGUCGCCGGCAAGGAUGUUUCUCCGUUCUUCGCGCUCCCACGCACGAUGGUGGGCCGGGCGGCCGAGCGGGAUGCCAUCGUCGAGGUCCUGGAUCGUACCCUGAAACUGUAUCAGGGAGCCAGAGGGCUUCACUUGUCGUCGCUGCCGGAGGACCAAUUCGCAACUUUCGCCGUUCUUCCCUCACCAACCAAUACCCCUGGUGAAGAGGAAGCCUUUAAUCUGGCCGAUGAAUCUCCCAGCCUGGCCGGUUCCAUGAGUGGGACAUUCGCUGGGGGUACCCAAUUGUAUCCAGCUAAUACAAGCCGCACGCGUUCCCCCAGAGAUUCGCUAUACGCCUCAAGCGAGGGUAGCGAGUCCGAUCCUGCUAUUGCAGAGAAGAAGGGUCUAGACAAGCGCUUGUCAACCUCUUCAAUGGACAGCACCAGUGGCGAGGGAAGCUCCCGAUCUAGUGACAACGCGGGAAGGGCGGCUGCACAUGGCGUGGCAACGCCGAAAGGCUUAUGCGAGAUCAUCAGCAUCGAGGGAGGACCUGGUUUGGGCAAAUCGCGGCUGAUCACAUCAGUUCAGAUUGAAGCCCGACGAAGGGGCUUCUUCGCCAGCUCGCGAUUCGAUGUCGCCGACAAAGAGCGUAUGCGUCCGGUUCUACACUUAUUUUCGAGUCUGUUCCACCAGGCGUUUUCGGAAAACAUGAAUGAACCCAGUUUCCUGCCGAUGUUGCGAAAUCACAUUGGAUCUACAUGGAACACUCUGCACAAGAUUUUAGGCCUGCCCCAGUUCCUCCUCGGUUCGGGCCCCAACUUGCCAGAACAGGCGCCGAACAAAUUUGCUCAUACGACCCUCAAAUUACCCCACCGGCGUCCUUCCCCAGAGGAUACUGGAACAAAGAGUUCUCAAGAAUUUCUUCGGACCGGAUCUUCUACCAAGUCUUUGCCUCUUGUACGGACGUUACUGAAUAUCUUGCGAGUCUUCACGCGAUACAAAUUGGUAUGUCUUUGUUUGGACGAUGUCCACUUGGCAGAUGAAGAAUCUUUGGAAUUCAUUGCCCAUAUGGUGUCGGCUCGAGUCAGAAUGGUGGUGAUAAUGGCCUACAGGCCCGAGAAUGCUUCCUCGGGACUGAUGAAGCGAAUACUUCACUCCUCUAAUAAUGAAGGUCUUACCGCUAUCUCACUCAAACCGCUCAGUGAAGACUGCGUGAUGCAAUAUGUAGCGAGCACCUUGUCUUUGUCUGUCCCUGUUAUUUGGCCUCUGGGGGCAUUCAUCCAGUCAAGGACGAGUGGAAACCCCUUUUACGUUCGUGAGGUGUUGAAUGAUUGUCACGGACAUGGAUUCAUCUGCUAUGAUUUCCAGGAAGGGCUCUGGUCUUUUGAUCUCAGCCGCAUCUCAGAGCAUUUCAAGGUGGACAGCUACAACGACGCCGCUUUUGAUGAUUUCUUAGCCAGGCGCCUGAGCAGUCUUUCGCCUAUCUGCAAAUCCAUCUUGGCCUGGGCAUCCAUUCUAGGCAUGACUUUCUCGUUUCAGUUGGUCCAGAGGCUUCUCAACAACGAUCAGAUGGCCUCCGCAUCUAGUCUGCCUGAGCGAGAAGUGAUGCAAGCUUUGCAGGCGAUCAUCCAAGCCUACGUUAUUGUGCCCACAGAGGAUCAUGACGUCUUUUCCUUUACAUAUAGCCAUUACAUGCACAUCGCAGCGUCAUUCCACACGAGAGACAAGGACCAUGUGAAUUUGAUCAAGGCACAAGUGCUAUUUCAGUAUCAUUCCCACGACGACAAAUAUCGAAGCAUGUUGGCAUCGGCCGUUAUCGAAUCAGCACCGAUCAUCAAAAGCUCUGUUACAAUAAGAAGACCUUUCAGAAACUUUCUGUUCGAGUAUGCGAACGCUGCAAGCGAGACUGGAUUACGCUCGACCGCUAUGAACUCGUACGCUAGCUGCAUAAUACUUCUUCAAGAGGACAUAUGGGACGAUGACACUGUGGAUGUGAGCUACGGCGAGACGCUGCAAAUUUUCACGUCCGCUGCUGAAUGCUACUUGUACCAAGGACAGCAUGACGAAGCUAGUCGCUUGCUGCAAGCUAUACUCUCCAAUGCUCGGAGCCCAGUGGAUAAAGCUCCCUCCUGGAUCUUGCAAUCUCGUAUGCUUGCGCAAUUGGGUAACUCGACUGGAGCUUUUCAUGCUCUGAGUGAAUGCCUCAUGGCUUUAGACAUCCCGGUUGAUGACAACCCAACCUUUUUCAAAUGCGACAAAGAACUUCGACGGCUAUGCGAGGCGGUUUCCGCUGUUCAGACUGAAUCCAUUGUCGAGACGGCUCUUCCUGCGCAUCCAGCCUUGGCUGCUGCCGGCGCGGUUCUUCUGGAGGCCACUAGCGCGGCUUUCUGGUCAGACACGCUGACUUUUUACCACAUGACGCUUGUCAUGGUUGACACCUAUCUCUCGCGUGGUCCAUUUCCCCAGGCGGGCAUGGGACUCAUGCAGUUGGCUGUGAUAGCAAUCACUCGAGACAACGCAAUUCCCUUUGCGACACAUUGCGGGGAACUUGCCCUGGCACUGAUUAAACAAUCAAAAGAUCCACAUACUGUAGGUCGUGGCAUCGCUCUAUACUCGACCUUUGUCGGCCAUAUUCAACAUCAUGUCCAGUCCUCAAUCUCCCAACUCGAAGGGGCAGUAGACUUUUCUAUCCGCGCUGGUGACCGAAUUGCCACCAUCUUGAACUUCGGGUUCCUGGCUACCAUGAAGUUUUUCGCAUCCGAAGACCUGGCCGAGCUGGAGACCUUCUGCGUCUACAGUUGCCAGGACAUUCCCAACUGGCAAACGGAUACUGCCGGUGGUACGAUCCUCAUCACAAUCUGCCAGCUCAGCCGUGCUUUGCAAGGCAAAACGUAUACACAUGACUCAUUCGGGGUGAUGAGCGACAAAGAACACAAUUCGGCUGCAUAUAAGUCUUGGCUGGUAAGAACUACCAAAAACAGCGACCGGCCGCUGAUGCUCUAUGAGAGCAUGGAAAUCGCACCGCUAUUUCUUUACGGCCACUACGGGCGAGCGGUAUCAUUGGGAAAUUCUUGUCUCAAGAAAGUCAACGCUAUAUGGUCCGCACGAAAUACGCGUUUUCUCAUGUUCUUUCAUUCCCUUUCUCUGGCCGGAUGUGUCUGGAUCCGGAAGCAGCAACAGCUCAAUGCUGCAUACCGUGCAUCUUCCCCCCAGUUGGCGUCCGAUGUGGGUGGGCGAUCUUUUGAGACGUUUUUUGAGGAGGAGAUGACAAGCAUGGCAAGGAUGUUGCGAUACUUCAAGCGCAAGAUUGAACAGUGGCAGGUCAUCACAGAUGUGAACUAUCUGGCAUGGACUAAACUUCUGGGCGCUCAAAUCGCCGAGAUGGAAAAUGACCAAAACGCUGCGCUUCUUUUCUAUCAAGAGGCAAUAGACCACGCUUCAGAGCAUGGGUUUGCUUUCGAUGAAGCCCUUAGCCACCAUCUGUUAGCUGAGCAUCUGACGCGUGAAGGAUCUUCACGGCUAGGCACAUUGGCUCUGAAGGAGGCAGUUGGACUCUACCGACGAAUUGGGGCUGCGGGGGUGGCUGAGCACAUCCUGCAUUCUCAUGACCUGGAGCCGCAGACAAAGGAAACAGCACGAGAAGUCGCUACUCAGACUGAACCAGACGAUAUCAGUACACAGAUUCACCCUCAAGUCUCCGAAGUUGGGAACGACGAAAUAACAAGCGCCGGAGGGUCCGUGGCAGAGCGUGUCCUUCAUAUUCUAGAUCUCACCACCAUCCUCGAAGGGUCCCAGGUAAUAUCGAGCGUUCUAAAGGUCGACGAGCUGCUUCGAACGAUGUGCAAAAUCAUCAUGCAGAGCUGUCAUGGCGUUGCUACCAUGGCGGCCAUUAUCACCAGGGAAGACUUGACACUUGGGUGGGCUGUGGCAGCCAGUGGUGACGCAACUGGUAGCAUAAAAGUACAUGAUCCUCCGACACCGGUUGAGCACUCCCAUCUUGUCGCGGAAAGCAUUGUGAAUUAUUGCGUGCGCUUUCGCGAGGCAGCGUAUCUACCAGAUGUCUUACAAGAUCCGCGAUUCAGCUACGUUAGCGAAGCAUGGGCGGCUCAGAAUCCCGUCAAUAAAUCCGUCGUGGCGUUACCCAUCUCUUACGGUGGUGGAGAGAAUGAGCCCAUUGCGGUUCUCUAUCUGGAGGGACCACCCAACGCCUUCUCGUAUCGCAAUCGCGUUGUUCUACAGUUGCUCGUCGUCCAACUCGGAAUCAGCUAUUCUAAUGCGCUGACGCUGAGGGAAGUGGAACGGGUAUCCAUCAUCAACCAAUCCAUGGUAGAUGUUCAGAAGAAGGCGUUGGCGGAAGCGAUGGAGGCCGAGCAGAAGGCGAACAUUGCUACGGCGGAGGCUUUGCGCCAUGCCCAGCUAGCCGAAGAAGCCGUCAAGGCUAAAAGCAUAUUUCUCGCCAAUAUAUCCCAUGAGCUACGAACACCACUUAAUGGGGUUAUUGGGAACUCGGAGCUUUUGCUCAGCAGUCCACUAUCGGAGGAGCAACUGGAAAUGGCUGAUUCGAUUCGCAUGUCAGCAAACCUCCUACUCACCGUGAUUAACGAUAUCCUUGACUUCUCCAAGAUUGAAGCGAACAAGGUGCAGUUGCAUAUUGUCUCCUUUGAUGUCGAAAAAAUGGUCAGGGAAGUCGCUCGCUCAAUGCCGACUGGCUAUGGGAACAAGCAAACAUCCAAAAAUGUCCGCAUCAUACAGGAUGUCAAACCACCCCAAAACCACGUAUAUGGGGAUCCCGUGCGAAUGCAGCAGAUUUUGGGCAACUUACUUGGUAACAGCCUAAAGUUCACCGAGACAGGGUCCAUCACGAUAGGAUCCAGGGCAGACGAUGAAACUGAGGAUUCGGUUCGUCUGUCUUUCUGGGUGACGGACACGGGGAUUGGCAUCCCAGCUCGACUCAUACAGCACUUGUUCAAGCCGUUCACCCAAGCUGAUGCCAGCACCGCGCGCCGUUUCGGAGGCAGUGGUCUGGGACUCAGCAUUUGCAAAUCUCUUGUAGAUCUGAUGGGAGGCACCAUUGAGCUCAAGAGUGUCGAAAAUGUUGGCACGACUGUCUCUUUUUCGAUCAUCGUGCCGAAAGUCACACCCGGCGGCUCAGGGACUACUAGUCCAACAACACCUCUUGACAGUCCAGGCGGCUUCCUCAAUCAAGCAGCCCCGGCUUGCAUUGAUCUGUCCCAUAUCCCCCUCUCCAACGUCCGCGUCUGCGUUGCGGAGGACAAUCUUAUCAAUCAGAAAAUUACGAUUCAGUUUCUCAAGAAGCUAGGAUUUAUCCGAGUAGAUGCAUACAACAACGGCCUUGAAGCCGUGGAGGGCAUCCAGAAGCAAGCUAGUGCGGAGCAGCCGUAUCACAUGGUCCUGAUGGAUGUCCAGAUGCCUGUCAUGGACGGGUAUGUUGCCACACAUCGUCUGCGCAGUGAUCCGGUGGACGCUGUGAGGCGUAUCUUGAUCAUUGCUCUCACAGCCUCGGCGAUUCAAGGCGACCGAGAGAGGUGUCUGGAAUCAGGAAUGAAUGAUUAUCUGGCGAAACCGGUCGUCUUGGCGAGUUUGAAGAAGAAGUUUGACCAAUACCUACAGGUUUACUGA